AGGUGCUGGCUUAUGGCAUCUGGCGGAGGAUUCCACGCAGAGACGUCAGCUGUACAGCUCAGACUGGAAGCAAUGUGCUGGCAGGAAACCGGUUGAUAUUGGCCAUGCAAUGCUGUUUGCGCCGGAGGUUCGGAGGUCGCUGUACCACUCUAGGCAAGGCUAUUAAGCCCCCCACGCGGGGCUAUGGAAGGGCAACUCAGUGUUGAGUCACCCUUAGUCACCGCCCACAUUCAGAACGUGCGCAACGAGGGCGGAUACACUGACAACGUAUAUAAAUGCAAAGCACCGGAUUCCAACGCAUGGACCGAAGGCGACGGGCGCAGGAUACAGUCAUGUAGAGGUGGGACUAGGGGGGAGGCCGGGUUCGGGGGGCCGAGGGGGGCUGUCGGAAUGGGCAGUAGCCUUGCGGAAGAGACCCAUGCAGAAACAGUGCAAUUGGUCCUCAGUCCACAUGUUGAUGACCUCAUUUUCAUCUGAACCUGUCGAACUUCCGCUCUUGUCCUCAGUGUAGCUCGGGAUUUUCUCAUUUUCGGUCGUCGGCAUUCCUUUCUGAGAACCUGUCCCCCAAAUGCGCUGACACAAUAAGCGGCCAUUGAUAAGCUUCUUUCAACGCCGCGAUGGCGUCGUGGCAGCCGACCCAGGAGGGCGUCUUACAGCUAGUGCAGCUGUUGACGCUUUACCAGCAGCCGGGCACAAACCAAAGCCAGAUAUUCCAACAGCUUGAGGCGUACCGGGCUUAUCCGGACUUCAACAACUACUUGGCGUUCCUAUUCGCGACUGGCGACCAGCUCACGGUCGAGGUACGGCAAAGUGCUGGCCUGCUGCUGAAGAACAACCUCAGCAAGCAGUACAAUGAUCUCCAAGCGGAUUUCAAAGCGUACAUCAAGUCGGCGCUGCUACCGCUGCUGGGUCAUGCCACACGGGAGCUGCGGCACACCGCGGGCACGAUCGCCUCGGUGAUUGUGGGCUUGGGCGGGCUGGAGGACUGGCCGGACCUGGCGGCGGCGGUGCCGCGCUGCCUGCAGGCGGAGGAGCCCGCCGUGCUAGACGGGGCGCUGGACACCCUGUACAAGGUUCUGGAGGACCACCCGCGGCUGAUGGACACCCCGGUGGCGAGCGCGGGCGGCGCGGCGUUCAGCAAGCUGGUGGUGCCGCCGCUGCUGCGGCUCAUGCAGUCGCCGGUGGAGGACGUGCGGCGCAGCGCGGUGGCGGGGCUCAACCUCAUGGCACCGGGCAUGCCGGCGGGACUGCAGGACAACGUGGACAGCUUCUUGCAAGGGCUGUUUGCGCUGGCCAACGACACCUCCAACCGCGUGCGCAAGGAGGUGGUGGUGGGGCUGGUGACCGCCACCUCCUUCCUGCCAGACCGCGUGGCGCCCUUCAUGGGGCAGCUGGUGGAGUACAUGCUCGCCUCCAACGAGCACGCCGACCCCGCGGUGGCGCUGGCGGCCGCCGAGUUCUGGACCGCCUACCUUGAGCUGCAGCUGGACCCGGGGCUGCUGCGGCCAGCGCUGCCGCGCCUCAUCCCCGUGCUGCUCAAGAACAUGGUGUUUGACGAGUAUGACGAUGAGGUGGCGGAGGCGGAGGCCGCGGAGGCCUCUGGCGGCGUGCAAAAGGAGGAUCGCGACCAGGACCUUAAGCCCUUCCAUCACCGGGCCAGGGAGCACGGCGCAGAGGCAACGGAGGAGGGCGCGGAGGGCGCAGGGGCCGACGGCGAUGAGGACGACGACGAUGAAGUAUUCAGCGCCUGGAACCUCCGCAAGUGCAGUGCGGAGGCGCUGGACGUGCUGUCCAACAACUACGGCGACGAUCUGCUACCAGUGCUCCUGCCCAUCGUACAGCAGCGACUGCAGGACUCCAACUGGCGCUCCCGGGAAUCGGCCAUCCUGGCCCUGGGCGCCAUCAGCCACGGCUGCCACCAGGGGCUGCAGCCUUACCUGGAGGGCAUGGUCACCAUGCUGCUGCCCGCGCUGCAAGACGCGCGGCCCAUGGUGCGCAUCAUCACCUGCUGGACGCUCGGGCGCUACAGCCACUGGCUGUUCGUAGGUGUGCUAGAGCGCGGCGCGGCGGGGCGGCCGCUGCUGGACCAGGUGGUGGCGGGCAUCCUGGGCCGCAUGGCCGACAACAACAAGUUCGUGCAGGCGGCGGCUGUGAGCGCGCUGGCGGUGCUAGUGGAGACGGCCAGCGAGGGCCAUGAUGCGGCUGACAAGCUGCUGGAGCCCUACCUCAAGGCCAUCUUGGAGGCGCUGGCGAUGGCGCUGACGCGGUACACCCGCCGCGGCGUAGUGGUCACCUACGAUGCGCUGUCCUGCACAGCGAGGGUGCUGGGGCCACGCAUGGCCGACCCCGCGCUGGCCACCAUCGUGCUGCCGCCUCUUGUGGGCAAGUUCACCUCGUCGCCGCUCACAGACAAGGACUUGCUGGCGACGAUGGAGUGCCUGGCCAACGUGACGCCGCACACGGGGCGGACGGUGGAGCCGUACGCCAAGCCAUUGUACGACCGCGCGCUCGCGCUUGCCGGCGUCUACAUGGCCGUGGGCCAGCACUCUCGACAAGCAGCGGGCACGCCAAGCGCUCUGACAGGCGGGCCAGAUGCAGCCACCACGGCGGCGGCGGCGACGGCCGGCGCGGCGUACGGCGGUGCGGCGGCGGCCCUUGCAAACGGAGCGGCGGCGGGCGUGGAGUACGACGUGAACUUUGUGGUGCUGUCUCUGGAUGUGGUCAGCGGCAUGGCGCAGGGGCUCGGCGCCAGCAUUGAGUCGUUGGUGGGCACCAGCCCGCUGGUGCAGAUGCUCACGGUCUGCUGCUGGGACACGUCCGCGGAUGUGCGGCAGAGCGCGUUCGCGCUGGUGGGCGACCUGGCCUCCGCCUGUGUAGCGCACCUGCUGCCGGCUCUUGACGCGCUGGUGGGCUGCGCGCUGGCGCUGCUGGAGCUGCCGCGCAUCACGGAGCACGCGCUGGCGUCCGCCAACAACGCCUGCUGGUCGUUGGGCGAGCUCAUCAUCAAGGUGGACCCGGAGCGCAUCGUGCCGCACGCAGAGGCCAUCGCGCUCCGCAUGACGUCUAUCCUGUCGUUCUCGGGACCGGGCCGCAUGCCGCCGUCCAUCCUGGAGAACGCCUCCAUCACGCUGGGCCGCACUGCCUGGCGCUGCUCGGAGCAGCUGGCCCCGCACCUGGCGCACUUCGUGACGCCCUGGUGCAUGCAGCUGCGCAACAUCCGGGACGGCACCGAGAAGGAGCACGCGUUCUUGGGGCUGUGCAGGCUGGUCCGCAUGAACCCGGAGGCGGCGCUGCCGGCCUUCCCAAUGCUGUGUGCGGCGUUUGCUUCGUGGCGGCGGGUGGGGUGUGAGGGGCUGCGCAACGAGAUGGCGCAGAUCCUGCAGCUUUACAAGGCCAACCUGGCGGCGGCAGGGCCCGGGCGCUGGGAGCAGGUGGUGUCGGGCGUGGCGGAGCCCGUGCGCGGGAAACUGCAGCAGAUGUUCGGGGCGGUGCUGUAACAUUUCCGGUGUUGUCUGCACCGUUU